UUUUCUAUGCCUGGCACAUAUAGGUACUCCACCCUGUUGAGAGGCGUGCACCUGAAACAAAUAGUUUCGUUUCUUUAGAAGUGAUCGCCCUUAUAAGGACAGAUGUCAUCCUGUCGUGGCACCAUUGAUUUUUUUUCUCCGAUCUGCAAACAAACUAACGUUGCAGUCUGGAAACUUUGAGAGGGAGAAGUGAUUGCCUUCCGUUUUGGUCAUCAUUGAUGUUCCCUCCUCUCUGCAAGCAAGCACUAACGGGCACCUCUCUCUUCCUUCCUUUUCUCGACACGUCUGUUGUACCAACGCUGUUUAAGACUUCACCGCGGAGUGAAGACGAACUUUUACAGGGCAUUGGUGGUCAACAUUUUGUGAGAACUGUGACGUUUAUCAUGGAUGAUCAGGAAAGAUUCAGCAUUAGUUGUCUCUGAUUGUGAAGACGAAAGCAAGACCAUUAUGGGGGAUCAAGACGAAGUUCAGGGGGAGGAUCUGCCACCUGACAUCAAGGAUUGGAGUAAACAGCAUGUUAGAGAAUGGGUUCUCAAGGUGGAUGGUGUGGAUGACAGUGUUGCAGAAAUACUGUUUCAAGAGGACAUUAAUGGACCUAGUCUUUUGCUCAUAGAUUCAACAGACUUAAAAACUAUGGGCGUGACUUUUGGACCAGCAAAACUUAUCAGUCAUGCCAGAGAUGAGGUGGUGAAAUUACAGAAAGAGGAAUCAACAAGUUCUACAAAUUUCCCUGGAGGUCCUUGCAAACCUUACCCAUUUCACAGGUACCAUCAUGCACAUAGAUACAGGCAGGACAGCAUUCUUGAUGUCACAGAAUCUGGUGCCUUAGACUUCAUUGAACCCUGCCACGAGUUUAAAGGUUUUUACAACACACCAGAAAAAAGUAAAAUGAGCAAGUUCACUUACGAGGUUCUUCGCUUUGCCUCUGCCUGCAUGAAUAGCCGCACCAAUGGUACCAUUCAUUUUGGAAUAGGGGACAAGCCAGAUUUCAAACAUGGCCAGGUGUUGGGAGUGGUUGUAGGGGAUAAAGAGGCUUAUGUUGAGGGACUUAAAAACGCCAUUGACCGUUGUUUUGAGUCUAAAUACAAACAGAUUGCUCAUAUUUGCAUCAAACCCCCGCGAUUUGUUGGUGUUCUCAAUAACAAUUGUACAUCAUCAGACAAAUGUGUUAUAGAAGUGGACAUUGUUCCUGAGUCUAAGAUCUGUGUAGACAACUUCUUCCAAACUACAUUAAAAGAGUUGACACGGACACAGGAAAACAUGGACACAAAUAAUGCCAAGAAAGAAGGUAUUGAAACAGUCACCACUGAAACAAAUUCAAAACAGCUCUAUAUCCGAGAUGGCGGUAGCAGUAAAAAUAUCCGUCCAAAAAACCAAACCCCCAAGUCUAAUAAAGACUGGUCCGACCAGUUCAAAGACAGGGUGUCCCAACUAUCUGAACUACGAAAAAAAGCAGAAGAGAAGCACCUAGAUGUGAUAAAAAGCAGUACUCAAGGCUCUCGGUUAAGUCACAUGAUAACUGGUGGAUCACCCUCUUUAGAUAAAUCACACUUUGAGCGCUAUGUGAUCGUAACUAACAAAUCACACCCAAUCCAGUUAGAAUCUUUGGAAUUUCUUGUUGAACUCAACCCUACAGCUGUUUUAGACUUUGAUCCAGAAUCGGCCAAGCAGGGAUUACAGCGGCACUUUGAACAGCAGAGUACUGUCAAUGUACAUUUGCCAGUAAAGUUUAAAAUCACAGAAGGAGUUGAGGACAUUGCUAACAAGUUGAAAUUAACUCGAGACACCAGCUGGGUAUUCUGCAAUGGAGGUAUUGAGAAUGAGAAUCCCUCAGACAUAGAUCAGUGGCUGAAGGAAAAGGGUGCAUCUGUUCGAGACGUGGUUUCUUUCUUGUGCCGGAAAGAUGUUCUGCCAAACCAGAGAUUCCUUGUCAUUUUCUUACUUUUGUCAACAGUAAGUGAGAAAAUGGACCCCCUUGUUGAGGCUUUUAUGACAUUCUACCAGGAGCUCAAAGGAACAGAGCAAAUCCUUUGUUUAUGUGAAAAUGAAAAUGCAUUUUCCUCCUGGAAAGACCUAAUUGAGGUUCGGUGCGGGAUUAGCAUCUCUGAUAGAUGCAUAUAUGAGCUCAGUUUUCCUGAGGUCAAUGGCACCGUCCUUAGUCUUUGGUCAAAAAAUCGUACAUCACGUCGCUUCCUUCCCUGUGGUGGGGAAAGCAAAGUGCCUCUUGACAAGAAAGUAGAGCGUAGCUUGGAUACCUUGGAGGUCUUGUGCGUAAACCAGUGUGAAGGAGGAAAUGAGGACAAACUCCUAAAAGAGGAGAACUUUUACAAAGGGGGGAAAGUUUCUUGGUGGAACUUCUUUUUCUCAGAAGAGCCCGGAUCAACACCAUUUAUCAAACGAGACAAGUUUGACUUCAUUGUGAACACAGUCAUACCAGAUUUGUGCUCCCUGACAAAAGCCUGCGUGUUGUUCCACCUCAUGCAUGUAGCCGGAUGUGGUGGGACAACAUUGGGCAUGCAUACUUUAUGGGCUCUAAGGGCCCAAUUCCGUUGUGCUGUCCUCAAAAACUCCAAGGCUGAUUUUGCUAAAGUCGCAGAUCAAGUAGUCAAACUUUUAGUGAUUGACAAUGAGGAGCAACGGCCACGACUCCCUGUUUUGCUGAUGAUAGAUGACUUUGAUGACAAGGAAAAAGUAUUUGACUUGCAGCAGCUCAUUGAAAAAGAAUGUGCAAAGAAAAAUAUCCAGUCCAAGACUGCACAGGUAAUUCUCCUUAACUGUAUGAGGUCAGAGUCCCCUGAACCGAUUCCACAAACUGCAGACUCGGUAUUCAUUGGAAAUAACCUCUCUGAUAAGGAGCAGAGACUGUUUGAGAACAAACUUGCAGAAAUAGAGAAAACACACAAGAAUGCUGAAACGUUCUAUGGAUUCAUGAUCAUGAAGACAAACUUUAAGCCUGAGUAUGUUGAAGGUGUGGCCCGCAACACCCUGAAGAGCUUCAGUAUGAAUCAGAAACAUGCACAACUCCUGGCUGUUUUAGUCCUUCUUAAUGUUUACUGCAAGGGUUCCUCUCUCUCCAUCUCUCUCUGUGAAGAAUUUCUUGAUCUUCAACCAAAACCAAUUUGUGGUUCUGUCAAAGUCGAAGAUGGAUUUGGGAAAUUCUCUCCUUUAAUUGCCAGGUCUGUAGUUGAGGACAAGUUGGUAUUUGAAGCUGUAAAAAUUAUCCAUUCAAGUAUUGCAGUGCACUGUCUGCAGGAACUUACAAAAACACACAAUGUGAGCAAGGCUGACAUUACUGACUUUCUGCUGACUACACAAAGGCUUUAUGAGAGCACACAAGGCAGAGACAAACUCCUGCAAGAUGUUCGCCACAUUUUGGUGAAGAGAUAUCAUUCUGUGGAGGAGGUAUCUCAAUUCUCUCCACUCAUUCAACAAAUUGCCAAUGAAACCCCAGGACAGGAAGAGAUUGUGCUACAAAAUGCAUCAAAAAUAUUUCCCAAAGAUGCCAUUGUCUCUCAGUUACUGGCCAGGUAUUAUUACCUAAAAAAGAAGGACUUCUUAGAGGCCAGAUUUUGGGCACUAGGAGCAAGAGAGCUUUCCAAAAACAGCUCGUAUAUCGCUGACACAGCAGCACAAGUUAUCAAGCAUGAGAUGAUGAAUGCCAUUUCAAACAACACGAAAGAGCCUUUGAGCCCUGAUGAAUUGAACAAUUUUCUUAAAAUGGCUCAGGCAGCAAUAGAGGCAUUCAAAGAAACACAGAACCUUGCAAAAAAAGAGUCCAUUCAGCGAUUAAACAUUGAUGGAGACAACAGUUCUUUCAAUGUUACAGGGAGCCUGGGAGAAAUUCAGGUUGGAGUUCUUAUCAUUGAGGUGCUGGAAAAGACCCCAAUAUUUUCAUUUGACAAUGUCCGCCAUGCCAUAUUGAGUGAGGUUCUCUCUGGAAGACUUGAACUUCAGAAUGUUGAGGGAAAUGAUAAAAGGGCAAACAAACACAGAAGUUACUACAUAACUCUCAGAGAGUUUGAGGAUGUACUGUACAUCCUCAAGUACAGGAUGAAGAAAAACUUCGACCUCCUUGAAAAUUUUUAUGUCAACUUGGGCACCAGAUUUGGAAUGAAAGACAGUCGUGAACAGCGAAUCCAUAAUGAGCUUUCCAGAUGUUUCAAUCAGUAUGCAAAGCUUUUCUGCAAGCCUGAGUCUGCAGCUCUUUUGAAGAAAAAGAACAUGUCAAUCCAGCUGAAACUGCACAUAGAUAGACUGUUCCUCGAGGGGCAAAAAGCUGAUGUCUCUUCAGGGAUUCUGAGCUGUCUCUCAAAUAACAUUCGCCCUGACUUAAUUGAGAAUAUUGCCACGCGUUAUAAGUUUGUUUGUGAGCACAACCCCACUGUGAGGGAGAGAAUCAACUUUGUCUACGUCAAUGUUGUGUUGAGUUGUGUCAAACUGGAGUCACAACACAUUCAGCCAUACCACACACUAAUUAGUCAGCUUUGCCAAAUUCUGCGUGAGCAAAUCCCAUUGAGUGAUAAUUUGCCUCUGUACUUCAUUACAGUUGUGCUGUUGUGGCCACAUCAGAACCUGCGUUUACCAGAAUGUGAAAGUCUUGGGAGGUACAUCUCACUGAUGAAAACUGCUUAUCACUCAGAAAUGAAGGAAGUGAUGAAUGGAAAAAGGCCUGUUCUCCAUUUCUUCCUGGGGAAGAAGAAGGGUUAUGAACGACUGGUAAACAUUGGAGAAAUCAAAAAGUGCAUCAUGGUUGGGCAGGAUCAGUUUGCUACUGUUUGGGAAAAUGGUAAAAUCUGGAAAGAGAAGAAGGUGGAAGAGCUCCUUUGCAGGGUCACUGGCAAAGUGAAGGGUGACUUCAUACUGGCAUACACUUGUAUCCCCAAUCUGAUGGUGGAAGUCCCUCCAUUGUUUAAAAGUGAGCUUAGAGGGCAUGCCCAGGGGUCAAGAGUUUCAUUCUUUAUCGGUUUCUCGUUGAAAGGCCCUGUUGCAGUUGAUAUCAACUCAACCACAACUGCAGCCUGAUGCAACACACUGUUUUUUAGGCCUAUAGUUGUGUUCCCAUCGGUUCUAAAAACCCGUGUUUAGGCCCAAUUUAAAAAAAGGGAUUGGGUUAAUUUAAGUGGAUGCAUAAUGUGAUACAUUUAUGUGUGCACCAUUUGCUCCAUAAGUUACAUCAUGGAGUAAAUGGUUUGGUAGAGAACUACACUGGUUGAGAAUGACGUUAAAAUGUUUUCUAUCAAACUGAGCAAGUCAUUGUAAAUAUGGGUCAUUUUUUUUAAGUUGAAAACUGAAACUUGUAUAUUUCCUGUUAUUGUGUUCUUCAACUAAUUGUUGUGUUAGCAGGCUAAUGGUAGCGCUCUUUAGUUAGCUCUUGCAUGUAAAUUUACACGGAAUGGCCGUGAUUAUGAGUAAAAUGUCACACAUUCUUCCUUUAAUACAAAAAUGGAUGUUUGAAAUA